AUGAUCUAUUGUGCACAAAACACUGCUGCUUUACACAGCUGGCAGCAGUACUCAAGGACUACUUUCAUCUAUUGUCCUGUGGCUGUCAAGCACCUCAGCAUCCUCGAUCUAGGUUGGAGGAGAUAUCUGGCCGAGUUCAUGGAACGUUUCUGCGAACCGAGAAAGCGUCGAAUCCAGGAUAGCUGUGCACUAUGCUGCACAGAGGCUUUAAUGCUUCUGCACAAGCCUACAUUUCAUGAGUGUGCUUCCCGGCCGGUGCGAGCUGGAGAAGAUCAUCAAGCUGUGCUACGCUCAUCUGGAAUCACUGGCCGAAGUGACCAAAGAGACUGA